UUCAUCUUUAUGGGGAGUUUCGUUUUGUGUUUUUCUCAGUCGUAGAUUGUCCGUUACAGUUGUGGAUACAGAAGAUCUUGGGUGUUAUCUGUAUGAUACGUGUACGUCUCGAGCAAUUGAAGUGAGAGAAGACGAGUCUUACUAAAGCAAUGCUAGAAUGGGGAGAAGCAAAAGUACUCUAGAUAUAAAACGCCGCAGAGAUAAAAAAAGGAACUUUUUUUGCAAAAAUCAUCACCAAACUUAUGUUCAGUGUCCAGGAGCACAAUUGAAUUUGCAAAGAAAUGUGCCCCAACUCAGCUCUCAACAACAUGUCUUACUGUCAUCAGAUGUAAAUGCUGAUGAGGUCACUCACAAUGAAUCUGUUUUUGAAAACCAAGAAAACAGAACUUCCUCAUCUCUCGAGGAAGCAACAAGUUCAGUUGAUCCUAAAAGUUUUCAAUCUGAAGAACUUGGUUUCCAGAUUUUAGAAUCGUUGGUAGUGGAUGGUAAAAGUUUGGAGGAACUUUUGGAGGAGUCGCCGUUAUCAGAUGAUGACUCUGAUUAUGAUAACGAGUGUACCUCUUCAAAGUUUGAGGAAGAGGAAAAGUUUAAAUCAAAUUUAAGGGAUUGGCACAAAAAGUAUGCUGUGACAAACGUUGCUUUAUGCGGUCUACUUUUAAUUCUCCGCGGUCACCCAUGUUUUUCCUAUCUCCCUAAAUCGGAUAAAACAUUUCUUCAAACACCUAGAAAAUUAGAUUAUGAGGAAAUGGAUUCUGGUCUUUACCAUCAUAUCGGUUUAGAGUCUACUUUAAGACGUGUCUUAGCAGCCAUCAAAGAAAAAGUGUCUACCUUUAGAUUAGUUGUCGGAAUUGAUGAAAUUCCCAUCUUCAAGUCAGUCCCAAGUGGGAUGAUCCCUAUCAUGAUUUCUUUCUUGGAUAUUGAAUCUCUAAAAAAAGUUGUUCUACCAGUUGGUAUCUAUUAUGGGCCGAAAAAGGCGGCAGUGUCAAAGUUUCUUAAGAGAUUUGUUGAGGAAGCAACCAAGUUGAUUAAAAACGGAUUAAUUGUAGGUAGUUCUCAAAUAAAAAUCAUCAUUGAAGGUUUCAUUUGUGAUACUCCUGGGAAAGCUUAUAUUAUGAACACGAAGGGUCAUAGAGGCUACAGGUCCUGCACCAAAUGUAAAGCAGACGGCCAAGAUUACAUGAAUCGGAUGACUUUUCCCUCCAAUAAAAAAAUAAAGUUACGUACUCAUGAGGAAUUUGUGAAAAUGGAUGAUGAAGACUAUCAGUUGGGUGAAACCCCCCUGAUGGAAUUGCCUGACAUAGAUUUCAUAAAUUCCUUUCCAUUGGAUGUUAUGCAUAUUGUGUUUCUUGGAAUCGUUAGGUCAUUAACUUAUAUUUGGAUUUUUGCCAAGCAACCUAAGAAGCUUCCGUUCCGUAUAAUUGAUGGCAUUUCUAAAAACUUGGUUUUUCUUUCGUCUUACAUGCCCUGUGAGUUCAAUCGAAAGGGUCGGUCAAUGAAUGAAAUCCGACGAUGGAAGGCCACCGAGUUUCGAACCCUGUUGUUGUACACUGGUAUCAUUGCUCUGAAAGAGUUAGAAAAUGACUAUCCGCAAAUUUAUUUUAAUUUCUUAAUGCUCCAUGUAAUUAUGAGGAUUCUCCUUAGUCCAGAGUAUGCUAGACGCUACUCAAAAUAUGCUGAGUCAUUAAUUGAAGAAUUUUCCAAAGACAGCGAAAGAUUGUACGGUUUAGAAUUUUUAACCUCCAACAUGCAUAAUUUGCGGCAUUUACCUCUUAACUUAAAUCGCUUUACAACGAUGGAUGAAUGCUCAGCUUUCAAAAUUGAGAAUGCCUUGUAUUCCUUAAAGAAACUUACUCGAAAACCCGCUAAGCCACUGCACCAAACUUGUUCUCGGCUAGAAGAAUUCACUCGAAGUGGGCAAUGGUUUCACAAUGCUCCUACUAACCAUUCUCCGUUUUCAUUUGAAGCCAUCCGUGAGCAUUCUUCUGGUCCGACGUUACCCGAUUGCAAUGGCAUGCAGUUCAAAGUUCUGAAAUUGCCUAAUUUUAAAAUUGGGAUCGAUAGUCCUGAUUAUAGUUUCUCAUUGAUUGAUGGAAGUGUGAUUAUUGUCAGAAAUAUUGUAAUUCCUCUCCUGUCCCAAGAUCAACCAAUCAUAAUAGGACAAAAAUUCAAUUCUUAUGAGAAUUUUUUCCCAGAACCCUUAUGUAGUAGUUCACUUCUAGGGAUUCAUGUAUUAGAUGAACUUGAACCUACUCUUACCUCCUGGCCUUUAACUGAUAUCUCGGAGAAGGUAGUAUUGUUACCUUUUCAAAAUAAAAAUGUGUGCAUUCCAUUGUUGGAAUUUGAUGCUUAAGUAUUUUCUCAGGGUCACUCGGUAUUUCGGUGUCUCAGGAAGCAGGAAGGAUUAUAGAGUAAACAGAUUAAUGAAUUUCAGUUCAGUUCUUUCUUAGAAAUACCGACAAUUGUUUCUUUUCCUUUAAACAUUUUCUCUGUAGUAUUAAAUACGUAAGAAGCAAAAAAAAUUUUUACCAAUUUUUUUAGGCAUUUUGGUGCAUUUUCUAAAUUUUUUAAGUUGGUAUCAUUUGUCCAGCGGUACCUUUUCGAGGUACAGGUAUUUCGAGGUAUUUUUACAAUUUUCUAUAACUGUGCCCAUCUAUUCUCUGAAAGUUUCAUAUAUAUUUCUUGCCAAAAAAAAUUCAGUCCCUCACAUUAAAUUAAGAACAACAUUUUUAAUCUGACCUUGAGAAAAGUAUUAAAGUUCCUAAGAUUAUUCAUUGUAAUUUUAUGAUCUCCUUAUAUAUUUAUUACAUCUGGAGGAAAGUAGAAGUAUAAGUUAAUAUAGUAUAAUUUUAUGAUUUAUAGUAAUCGUAAGUCAAAGACAUAUCAUCACUCAUUUAGUUUAUGUCUUCUGUAUGAGGCGUCCUUUGUAGUAACAGAUGUCUAGAAACAUGUUAUUUUUAAAAUAUGUCCAACUAACUGUUACAGCAGCGGAUAAAUAAGAAACAAGAGUCCGAGAUAUCUACUAUUUGUGGAAAUUCCAGAGCCGCCAAUCAGUAAAUUUUAUGCUAAUAGCCAUCAUGACAGAAUUGUUUGCUGUCGUCAAAUUCACAGAAGAAAAUGAUGCAAUCGAUGUUGUUCCAACAAUGUGGAUAAUUAAUAACGAUACUGCAUCCUGGUAUCCAAAUGUCACUUCGGACGAAACCAAAAAUUCCCUUGUUAAAAGAUGUGCUCAGGUCGACACCAAAACAUGGACAGAAAAUCCUAUUAAAGUGUUGGGAAAAUACAAAACAUACCAUGAAGCAAUGGAAAAAGUUCACAUAGCUGAAGUUCAAUCGAAUCUUUCCGACGAUACUGUCGUUAC